CAUUAAUGUCAUUUCAAUUUGAAAUAUUUUGCUGACUUCUUCACCGAAAAUUGAAAUUAAAUAUUAACAUCGUAAUACAGAAAAUAAAUAUGCUACGAAAUUCUGUACGGGUUUUCAGAAUUGGAAAUCAGUGUAAACGGCUAAAUCUGAUGUAUAGGUACAAUGACAAGAAAUACUUUAGCGGCAUAUCUCAGGUACCAUUAUUGACAAGAGAGCACCAAAAAAAUCCAUUAAUAAAUCAAUGCAACUGCCGAACAAUGUUUAUUCAAACCCAAGAAACGCCGAACCCAAAUAGUUUAAAGUUUUUACCUGGUACUCAAGUGUUGGAGCCUGGACAAACUCUAGAUUUUCCCAAUAUAGGAGCUGCACAAUGUAGCCCUUUAGCUAAAAUGCUAUUUCGUAUUGAUGGAGUACGUGGCGUAUUUUUUGGAUCAGAUUUUGUAACUAUUACAAAACAAGAUGAUGAUGUUGACUGGAAACUUUUGAAACCAGAUAUAUUUGCUACAAUUAUGGAUUUCUUUGCCAGUGGACUUCCAGUUGUAACUGAUGCCAAGCCUUCUGGAGAUACACAAAUCAACGAAGAUGAUGAUGAAAUAGUACAAAUGAUCAAAGAACUGCUGGAUACCCGCAUCAGACCCACAGUACAAGAAGACGGGGGUGAUGUUCUAUUCGUUGAUUUCAAAGAUGGAGUACUGAGGUUGAAAAUGCAAGGGUCUUGUUCAUCAUGCCCUAGUUCAAUUGUUACACUUAAAAAUGGAGUACAAAAUAUGAUGCAGUUUUAUAUCCCAGAAGUAUUAGCAGUUGAACAAAUUGAUGAUGACGGUGAAAAAUUGAGUGAAAAAAUAUUUAAAGAAUUUGAGCAAUUGAAAAAUAAAGAAAAAAAGGAAUAAAGUAGUAAGGAUGUUAUAAAAAUUAUUCACUUUAUGUAAAUAAAACUAGUCUAGAUAAUAAAUAGACACUGUAUAUAUUU